CUCCUCCUCCUCCUCCUCCUCUCCUCUCCUCUCUCUUUGAGGAGUAGUAAAAGGAGGGUUUGUUACAUAUCUCUUUUGAUUCGAGUUCGUAGUGUUCUUCUACUAGGAAACGGGGGAGUCUAGGAUGGAUUCUAGGGUUUUGGACGACAUCAUACGGCGGCUUUUGGACGUGCGGGGAGGCCGAGCCGGGAAGCAGGUGCAGGUCUCAGAAGCCGAGAUUAAGCAGCUUUGCGUCGCUUCGAGGGGGAUUUUUCUAAAACAACCCAAUUUGCUGGAGCUCAAGACGCCGAUUAAGAUUUGCGGUGACAUCCAUGGCCAGUAUUCUGAUCUUCUGAGAUUAUUUGAGAUCGGCGGAUUUCCACCCAAAGUUAAUUACCUUUUCUUAGGGGAUUAUGUAGAUCGAGGAAGCCAGAGCCUUGAGACCAUAUGCCUUCUUUUGGCAUAUAAAAUUAAAUAUCCCGAGAAUUUCUUUCUUUUGAGGGGAAACCAUGAAUGUGCAUCCAUAAACAAAAUCUACGGGUUUUUUGACGAAUGCAAGCGCAGAUGCAAUGUGAAGGUUUGGAAAGUCUUCUCGGAUUGCUUUAACUGCUUACCGGUGGCGGCUUUAAUAGACGACCAGAUUCUUUGCAUGCACGGUGGCCUUUCUCCGGACUUGCACAACUUGGAUCAGAUUCGUAAUUUGGAUCGUCCCGCUGAUGUGCCGGACACAGGUUUGUUAUGCGAUCUUCUUUGGUCCGACCCUAGUAAAGACGUUCAGGGAUGGGGAACGAAUGAUAGAGGGGUUUCAUAUACCUUUGGCCCCGAUCAGGUGACUGAGUUCCUCGAGAAUCAUGAUCUAGACCUUAUUUGCCGUGCUCAUCAGGUGGUGGAGGAUGGAUAUGAGUUCUUUGCCAGCAGACGGCUUGUUACGAUAUUCUCCGCACCCAAUUACUGUGGCGAAUUUGACAAUGCCGGUGCAAUGAUGAGUGUCGACGAGACACUGAUGUGCUCUUUCCAAAUACUAAAGCCUGCAGAUAAGAGGACUAGGUUUUUUGGCCGUUAGGAGCACAACUACAGCUUAAAGCUGAAACGCCUCCACUUGGUAUCAAGUUGUUCAUCGGUGCGAAAGCGUGAGAAAGUUUGAUCGGAAAGGGCGUUCUGAAAGCUGGUGAUGGUGCUACAUCAGCGGAACUAAAACUCUAGCAAAUUCUGGAUCAACAAACAAGACGGUUGAUGUGCAGGCAGUUGUUCGUCAUGUACAUUAAGAAGUCUUAAUGUAUUGAUUAUGUAUAACUAUGCGUCAUUUUUCUCGGUUAAACCAAUCUCGUGGGAAGAUAUUUAGUUCAUUUUUCAUAUUACAAAAUCUGAUGAAUAAAGUGGGAGAAGUAACAAAGUGGGACCAAUCUCUCGCGCGCGCGCUCUAGGUCGCUUCUUCGUAUUAUGUAUCAUGUUUUCUUAUGUAUGUAAAGGCACCGGCGAAAUCAAAACCCUAAUUUGAACAAAUAUGAUUCGAGGUGAUGGGAACUU